AUGGAGUCAAUAUAUGAUGAGAUAGAAAUUGAAGACUUUACCUUCGACCCUACCACUCAACUUUUCCAAUAUCCAUGUCCAUGUGGAGAUAGAUUUGCCAUUGGAAUUGAUGAUUUACAAGAUGGUGAUGAUAUAGCUGUUUGUCCAUCUUGUUCAUUGAUGGUUCGUGUUGUAUUUGAUCCUGAAGAUUUGAAAGAGUAUUAUGAUCAAUUAGAUUAA